AUGACGAAGCAUAUUGUUCACACUGUGAAUCAGCUUUUUUUACUCCAAACAGCUGUUGAAUUUUACACUUUCGUGGUAGAGAUACCGAGCGUAGUGUUGGUUUGUUUGUUGUUGGGCUAAAUUAGAAACAAGCAGGUUAAACUAAAUGACGUUUUAAAAUGUCAAGAUUCUCUCAAGAAAACAUCGUUGAUGUUCCUCGCUUAAAUACGCUUGACAAACUAGAGUUUGAGGAAAGUUAUUUAAGAAAAGGCAAGCCUGUCGUUAUAACAGCGGGUUUGGACGGUUUAGCUUGCUCUAAAUGGAGUAUAGAUUACUUACUGGAACGUGUUGGCUUAAACAAUGUUACUGUUCGCGGCAGAACGAAUUCUGACGAAUACAAGGUGGGUAAGCAGUACAUAAUUCGCGAGACCACAUUCCGUGAGUAUAUUUCGGACAUGAGAGCAAAGAGUGUACGAGGUUUAACGUCAUACAUGGCUGUGCAAAAUAUAAGCAAGACAUUUCCUCAGCUACAGGAUGAUUGUAAGAUUCCUGAUAUUGGAAAACUACACAACGGACCGUUCUUGUGGGUGGCUCACAAGGGACAUUAUGAAUACUGCCAUUAUGACCCAGAUGCAAGUUUAUUGAUGAUGAUUGAAGGAAGCAAGAGAGUCAAACUUUUCUCUUGCAUCGAUCUUGAGAAGAUGUAUCCGAAUCCUCUUGGCUCAAGAGGAAAGACAAUUCAAUCACAGGUUGAUUGUGACAAUGUGGAUCUAGAAAAAUUUCCUAAAUUUUCUGAAGUUACAUGUUACAGUUGUACAUUACAAGCUGGUGAUCUACUUCUGAUUCCUGCUUUCUGGUGGCACCAAGUUACUUCUCUUAGUGAUUCUGUCUCAAUGAAUGCGUUUUUCGGGGAAAGUGGUGAAGACAGAUACAUCACAAGAAUUAUGGAAGAACCUGUUUGGCCUUCAUUUAAAUACUGGCUGCUAAAUAUUGUAGAACAGAAUCGACCCUUUGCAUCUUUUGAAAGAACUCUUCAGCGCCUCCCACUUUGUGUGGAGAAUCUUUUACUAAAACAGUUCCAUGAGGUGGCACCACAGAGCCAUGUUAAUAAACUUGUUGAAACGAUCAAAGAAUAUCUCAACCUGGUUGCACUCCCAGAAUUUAAUGGAGGUGGGAAAAAUCCUCCCCCUCUCAGAGUUAGAGGGCUAAGAUGGAGAUGAACGCAUACGGAUGAUGUACGACCACGCCUUAUGGAGAAAAGUGGUGAAAGCUGACAUGACUGGCGAUUGAACGGGACGUGAAGAGGCGGUUUGAUAUGAAGGAUGUGUUAGACAAUCACACUUAUUGAUAGGGUUUUAGUAAUUUGUCUUAUAGAAUUUUAAGUUUUUAUUAGUUUUCUGGUCCGUUUAUACCAAUAGUCAUAUUCGAAAAAUGCAUCUUUGCUUGACACAUUAUUGCGGGAUCGCCACACACAAGAUAAUGCGUAUAAAAUUUAAUCAUUUCUAUUUAAAAAAAAUUAAUCAGCUAUUAUCAUGCGACAGAUUUUAACUAUAUAUUUUCUUUUAAAACAAGUUUACCAAGAAGUAAAAUUAUUUUUGUUCAAUAUGGUCAUGCGUGUUAAAGUCACUUUGCAAGCUGUUUCGCUUGUUUUUUUUGCUGUAAAAUUAUCAAAAUUUAAUUUUUUUUCUGUUUGGGUAUCAGGGUUAAAAAUUGUUGGAUUUUUCCAGUAGCACAUGCAUUCUGAUACAUACCCGACCGCGAAUCGGUUACACGUUGAAUUAAUUUCAUUGCAAUUCUGCUUUCAUUUCCACGAUAUGCAAAUAUACUUAUGGCGAACUACGCA